AUGUCUGCGGACCUUUUCGCGGAAUUUGGCAAUCCAAGUUCUCUCAAUAAUCCGGUGAGAGGAUCAUCAGACUGGAGUACCAAACCGUCGAACUCCGCGGGCCAUUCCCAACCUAGGAACCCCAGAGUUGAUACUAAUGGGGACUCUACACUCAUAGACUUCUCGUCCGACCCGCUACCGCCCAUCCCUUGUGAACAGGGACCGGACAGAAGCGCGUAUGGAAUAGGGUCAAGUGAAGUUCUGUUUGAUGCAACGGUCGAAUCCGCGCCCGGCGAGCCUGACGAAGACGACUGGGGCGAAUUCGAGUCCGCGAGACCGGAAUCGACAGGAGAAGCGGCCCUUGGAUUAUCUGAGAUACGGGGGACAGAAGGCAUUGUUUGCAGUGAAAAUCAAGAUAAACCGGGAGCUCCCGUUCCAAAAUCCAUUUUGCCACCACUAUUAGACCUUUUAUCGGUCGAAAACUCGAAUCCUCCCCCCAAAAGCCCAGUCCGAAUCCCUCUGGCUUUGGAUUGCAAUGUCCAACUUAAGUCGCCUGUAAUUGAGCCACAGGGAGGUUCUGAUCCCGUCACAGCAUGGCCGGACUUUGAGGAAGAAGACGACUGGGGGGAGUUUACAGAUGGAAUUGACGAGGGAAACAAGCCGGUCGAGCCUGCAUCGUCCCUAUCUUCGAAACCCCGCGUAUCGAAUGUGGAAGCAAGCGCAGUAUCCCGAGCUGUUAACCCUCCCGCCAAAGCAGUGAGGCCUACCAACAUCCCCCCUCCUUCUAUUCUUCUCCGAUUGUUCCCUCCCGUGUUAGAAAAACUACGCGUAAAUGCGACGAGUUUUGUUUCACGCGCUAAGAGGAAGCCCGUGUCCUCAAUUGAUACCGGCUUAGCGGAGGAAAUUACAUACAACUUGAAAGUUCUGGUGCACAUAGUUGCCGGACGCAGCUUUCGCUGGAAGCGAGACUCGAUAUUAAGCCAAAGCACCAAGAUAGGCCCUGCGUCCGGGAGGUCUGGAGGGAUGAAACUGAGUAGUGUUGACAAAAGCGAGAAUGUCAGAGAGGAGAAAGAAGCAGUUGAAGUCCUUGACUUGUGGAAAGAAUGCAACGGACUCUUAAACUCUGCGAUUACGGCGGGAGGAAAGCCGCCUGUCCAGCUAGUAACUGGCAAUGUGCGCGUGAGAAGUGCCGCGACUCAUGAAGGUGCUCUGAAAGCGGCGCAUGCAUGUGCUCUGUGUGGUCUGCGGCGGGAAGAACGAGUACCACAGAUUGAUGAAAGCGUUGAUGAUAUUUUUGAGGAAUGGUGGAUUGAGCAUUGGGGCCACACCGGCUGCAAGCGGUUUUGGGAUUCUAAUUCGGCAAACUUGGAUCACCGUUGA